GAAGUGGUAGGUUUCAACAUAGGCUAGGAGGACGACGACAAAGGAAGGGCAAUCCCAACAUGUACGGCGGAGCCUCCUCCAAACUGGGCCGCGCCGCCCCUAAGCGCCUCCACUCCUCUUUUCCCCUGCCUCCGCCGCCUCACCGUCCAUCCGCCCCCGCCGGUCGUCUCUCCCUCGGCGCCUCCAACCGCAACGCCGCCCGCGGAGCGCCGGCGGCGGUGGAAGAGACCUUCAACCUUGUCGCCGGAAGCAAUCCCCUCGCCUUCUCUAUGAUUAUAAGGCUGGCACCCGACCUCGUUGAGGAGAUCAAGCGCGUGGAGGCACAGGGCGGCACCGCGCGCAUGAAGUUCGACCCCAACCCCAACCAUCCCAACGGAAACAUUAUUGAUGUUGGUGGGAAGGAGUUCAGAUUUACCUGGUCGAGGGAAUUUGGUGACCUCUGCGAUAUCUAUGAAGAGCGUCAAAGUGGCGAAGAUGGAAGUGGCUUGCUUGUUGAAUCAGGAUGUGCCUGGCGCAAGCUGAAUGUGCAGCGUAUCUUGGAUGAGUCAACCAAGAAUCACGUCAAAAUGCGGUCGGAGGAAGCUGAACGCAAGCUAAAGUCUCGCAAAGCCAUUGUCUUAGAGCCUGGGAACCCGUCUAUGAAAAGCCAGAUAAAGGCAUUAGCAGCUGUUGAAGCUACACCUUGGAAGAAUUACAAUAAAAAGAAAGAGGCUGCACUUAAGAAAAGGAAAGUAGAAACCCUUCAAGUUGGAGGCCCCCCAAAAUCUUCCCAUAGAUCUGGAUUGACUUCAACAAGUACUACUAUCAAGGGCAGACAAUCCUCUCCUCUUCCAUCUCCACCAGAUCCUUUUGCUGCUUCAUCCUCUCCACUGGGGGCUGUAAAUAUGUCUAAGAGCUUUGAGGAUGCUCUUCCAUCACAAAUGACAGGCAAGCAAGAUACUAAUGCUGUCUCUGAGAAAGAAAUCCCUACAAGGACAAACAAUGCUAUGAGGAACACACCAGGAGGCAAGGGAAAUAGUGGAUCUAAACCAAUAGAUUUGCAGGGCAUGUUAAUAUCUCUUCUUAAGGAUAAACCUAAUGGAAUGACUUUGAAGGCCUUGGAGAAAGCUGUUGGAGACACACUUCCAAAUUCCAUAAAGAAAAUUGAGCCAAUUAUUAAAAAAAUUGCAAAGUACCAGGCCCCAGGAAGGUAUAUUUUGAAACCAGGAAUGGAUUUGGAAAACUCAAAGAAACCACAGACUGAAAGUGGAAGUUCUCCUGAUGACAAUCGUAGCCAGAUACCUGCUCGUGAAGAGUUUCAUGAUCAGACAUCAGCUCCACAGGGAGGCUGUGAAGAGAAAGUCCCAAAUGAUGAUUUGGAGGAAAUGGUUCAAGUAAAAUCCAAAGUGGAAGAAGAAUCAAACACAUUGGAAAAAGUUGAUGCCCAACAUACUUCACCUGAAGGGCAGGCGGGCAGCUCUAGUGAUAGUGGAAGUGACAGUGACAGUGAAAGUGACAGCAGUGAUAGUGGAAGUGACAGUGGAAGCCAUAGUAGGAGCAGAAGCAGAAGUCCUGCUGGAACAGGGAGUGGGAGUAGUAGUGACAGUGAAAGUGAUGCAUCUUCCAGUAGUAAGGAGGGACUUGAGGGCUCUGAUGAGGAUGUAGAUAUUAUGACAAGUGAUGAUGAAAAAGAGCCAAAGCCAAAACCAGAAGCUUCUGACCAAAGGAUGACCUUACAGGUUCCAGUAAAAUCUCCUGAGAUUGAUGAGAAGCAGAAUGGUAAUGAAUCUGAUGCAGUUGAAAUUGAAAAGGACAUACCGGAGGAACAGGAGGCUGAAAUGGCUCUACCUAUGGCUACCAUUUCCAAUAGAAGUGGAAAAUAUGCUGAAGAGACACAACCUUUUUCACUUGACUAUCAACAGCUCCAGGAACGCCAAAAUUAUAUUGGGAGUUUGUUUGAUGAAAGGGAAAAUGAGGUCAAGGAUAGCUCUAGGCAUGAGCAGUCUGACAGCUCCUAUAGGUUAUCCAAAGGUAAAUGUAGGAGGGGUUCUGAUGUGAGGAGCACUGAUGAGCGAUCUGAGCGUACAAAGAGAUCUAAAGCAGGAAAGUUGACUCAUGAACCAUUUUCUCCUGGAAUGGAUGUGCAGACAUUUGAGAAUUCUCGGAGUUUGUCUCCUUUUGAAUUUACUGAAGACACUUGUAAGGGCCCCCAGAUGCAAAUGUUGAACAGAGCUGAUAAACAAGGAAAUUCCAGUGUUGGCUUACAGAAAGGAUUUAAUCAAGCAUUUCCUGGAAAAUCUAGUUCAGAUUUACCCCAAAAAAAUCAAAGGUCCUUGGAUCAAACUCAUCCCGGAAACCCUUCCUACCCAUUAGAAAAAUCAGUUAAAAAAGGUGAAAGUGUAAGGCAUGGCAAAAAACAUUCAAGAAAAGGCUUUCAUGCACGUGAAGUUUAUUCUGUGCAGAAAGAUAAAUCCCAUAAAGAUGCCUUAAAUGCAGAUAUUCAUGCCACAGAUAAAAAAGUCCCCAGGAAUUCCAGGGAUGGUACUGAUGGAAGUAAACAGUCACUAUCCAUGGAUUCUUAUUACCAAAAACAAGGUGAAAUGGUUGGUAAGUUAAAGGAAGGCCAACAAGGUGUGCAGUCACAGUUGGGAACAUCACCUAAAGACAAGAAUAGAUUUGGUCUUGAUAAAUCACUUCAAAGAGAGCUUUCAGACCUGGAGUUGGGUGAAUUUCGUGAGUCCACACCUGAUGAGACUCACAUGGCAAAACAAUUUGAACAAAAAGAUUCGUUUAAACGUUUGGAAAUCAAAGCAAACAUGUCAGAGGACAGGAAUUCUGAUAUUACUAAAGUAAAACCUUCAUCUAAAGCAACUUCAGAUUCUGGAAAGCAAUCCUCAGUCUUUGUAAAUUCUGGUUUUCCCAGUAAUUCGGAAAGCGCAAAUAAAAAGAACUCAGAUAAUCAUUUUGAAGAUUCAACAAGAUCUCGUUCUAGAGUUAUGCAGACUCAUUCACAACAUUUAAAAGCAGAUCAUGCAGAAGUUGGAGCUCAAAACAAAUUGGCAGAAAUGAGUGGUAAAUUUAGAAAUAAUGAAUCUGGGGUGAGCCAAGAUAUUGAUUUGGAAGGUCGCAGUGAAAGCAACAGAAGAGCGUCUGCAAAUGCAUCUAAACAAGACAGUAGACGUGGAAUGGCUUCCUACCCAGUGAAAGAAAGUAAAAGACAGACACCUAAUUCAGUGGAAGAGAUGGCUGAUGGAGGAAAGGAUUCUGUGUUUGCAGAUAGAAAUAUUAGUGAUCAGAAGAAGAGAGAAUCAUCUUCAGAUGAAAAUAGUUGCUCAUAUUCAAAGUACGAAAAGGAUGAACCUGAAUUGAGGGGACCUAUAAAGACUUACUCCCAAUAUAAAGAAUAUGUGCAGGAGUAUCGUGAUAAAUAUGAUAGUUACCUCUCCUUGCACAAGAUUUUGGACGGUUACAGGGAUGAGUUUCAGAAACUAGGCGACGAAUUUAAAUGUGCUAAAGGUGAUAGAUGUAACGAAAUUGUGGAGCAGAUCAGAGAAUCCUAUCGACGUUGUGGACCGAGACACAAGAGAUUGAAGAAAAUAUUUGUUGUGCUUCACCAUGAACUGGAGAAUAUUAAGCAAAGGAUCAAAGACUUUGCAGAGUGGUAUACUAAAGAAUGAAAAUAGUAGAGUACUAUAUACAUGAUGCGUAGUUGAGUAGAUGAAUUCUUGUGUGAGUUGGAUUUGCACUAGCUUUUAAUACUAAUUUUGGUAGAGCCGUAUAUUUGUAUAUAAAUAAAAUUUUGUAUAUUGCUUUUGGGUAUAGGUCUGGCUUAUUUUUUCCUAGCCUGACCUUCUUUUUGUUUACAU